AUGGAUCUCGCAUACGAUCAUAUACAGGAGGUCGCCGCAAUCCCCGACGACUCGUCCCCCGCCCGGAAUGGCAACAGGACUGACAGCGACGGUAACCCGAAGCCCGAGGUAAGCCUCAACGAGGACCUGCAGGAUGCGUACCGCGCUUUUUCAAAUAGCCCGUGGGGCGCCAGGAUCGGGGGCUUUUUCGGCAGCGUCGUCAAACAGGGUGAAUCCGUCUACCGCGAAGCUACGCAAGAGCUGUCGGCUGUCGGCCAAGAUGCCACUCGUGGCUUCACCGACCUGCGUGCGUCUCUAAUCAGCCACACACGGUCGUUGUCUCUCGUAACCCCCUCGACCGACCAAGGGGCGGCGGCGCGAGAAGCCAGCGACAACGCCGAGACCACACCGACCGAGGCCAAGGACCAAGAAGGAGAGGAUGCCCUGGCCGAAUCUGAGACGGUUCUUUCGCGACUCCGCGGCGAGGCCGCCAAGCGGCUGAAGGAUCUCCAGAAGGCCGAGGACGCGGCCGACGAGGCGCUCUUGAGAUUUGGAUCGAACCUACGGGACUUCCUCCGUGAGGCUAUCAAGAUUGCGCCGCCGACGGGCGAGUCCGAGAGCCAAGGGAACGCGGUUUUGUUCGAGAGCAAGGACGCCCACGGGAAGCGCGUCAUCCACACGUCACGGUUUGACGCCCAGCUUCACGUCAUCCACACGAGCCCUGACAGCUUCUCCAAGGACGGCCCUGGGCACGAAUACGAGGCUUGGUCCCAGGAUUUUGACAUUGAUAAGAAGACGGAGGAUAUCAGCAGCGAUCUUUCCAAGUACCCAGAUCUGCGGACGACUAUGGAGAAGCUUGUGCCGGAUCAGGUGCCCUAUGCCGACUUUUGGAAGAGAUACUAUUUCCUGAGGCACGGAAUUGAGACUGCCGAAGCGAGACGGCGGGACCUGCUGAAAGCUGCCUCAGCCGAAGAGGAAGUUGGGUGGGAUGAGGACUCGGAUGAUGAGGCCGCCGGACCUAGCAAAGUUACCAAGGCGGACCGCCCCGGGUCGAGCACAUCGUCUAUAACCAUCCACCCACCCACCGCCCAAGCUCUCCUCAAACCGAACGAGCCUCGGAAGUCCAAUGACGAAAAAUCCCAGGCUGAUAGCGACGCAAGCUACGAUGUCGUUGGCGCUAGGUCGGGGGUCCCCAGUCAAGCUCCGAAUAGCCCCAAGGACUCCCGAAAGGGUGAUGACAGCGACGAAGAGGACUGGGAGUGA